AUGGCCGCGCCGCCGCUGGGGCUGGACGAGGUGCGGGAUGCGGAGCGGCGGCUCCGGGGCCGCAUCCAUCGCACCCCGCUGCUCACCUGUGCCGGGCUGGACCGCAUGGCCGGCCGGAGGCUGCUCUUCAAAUGCGAGCUCUUGCAGAGGACCGGGUCCUUCAAGAUCCGCGGUGCCCUGAACGCGGUGCGGAGCCUGGUUGAGCACAGCGAGCGCACGGGCCGGGAGCUGCCCCGCGCUGUGGUGACACACAGCAGCGGCAACCACGGACAGGCGCUCGCCUGUGCUGCUCAGGCAGAAGGGAUUCCUGCCUACAUCGUGGUGCCACGGACAGCCCCGCAGUGUAAGCAAGAUGCCAUCCGUGCCUAUGGUGCCAUUCUGGUGCCGUGUGACCCCAGUGACAAGUCCAGAGCCGAGACAGCAUCCAGUGUAGUCCAGGAGACAGGAGGAGUCCUGGUGCACCCCAACCAGGAGCCGGCGGUGAUCGCAGGGCAAGGCACCAUUGCCCUGGAGGUGCUGGAGCAGGCACCCUAUGUAAAUGCAGUGGUGGUUCCUGUCGGAGGCGGAGGAAUGGUUGCAGGUAUAGCAGUCGCCAUCAAGGCUUUGAGGCCAGAUGUGAAAGUGUUUGCUGCUGAGCCAAGCAACGUGGAUGACUGUUACCAGUCCAAGGUCCGAGGGGAGCUGACCCCCAACCUCCACCCGCGGGAUACCAUUGCAGACGCAGUAAAAACCAGCAUCGGACCCAACACGUGGCCCAUCAUCAGGGAUUUGGUUGAUGAUGUCCUGACAGUCUCAGAGGAAGAAAUCAAGCGAGCCACGUGGCUGGUGUGGGAAAGGAUGAAGCUGCUGAUUGAGCCAACAGCAGGCGUGGGACUGGCGGCUGUGCUCUCGGAGCGGUUCCAGGCCGUCCCCCGGGACGUGCAGAACAUUUGCAUCGUGCUGUGUGGGGGAAAUGUGGACCUGAGAUCCCUGACCUGGCUCACAGACCUCUCUGGGAAAGCAGAAUGAG